GUUUUCUUGGGUGACAAAUGUUUUUAGGUCAAAGCGAAGGAGUUCUAUUAUAUUUUGAUUUGUUUGGAUUAUAUCUGCACACAGGAAAGUAAUUUGAAACAUUGCAAGUAACCAAGCAUUCAUGCGAUGGCUCACGGGUCCAAGCAGCCUACAAGUAGUGCCUUGAGAGCAUUAUCAUUGGAGUAUAAGAGCUUGCAAGAGGAGCCCGUGGAGGGAUUUCGUGUAAAACUUGCUGAUGAUGAUAAUAUGUUUUGUUGGGAAGUUGCAUUAUUUGGACCUCCACAUACUCUUUAUGAGGGUGGAUAUUUCAAGGCUCACCUGAAUUUUCCAAGUGACUACCCAUAUUCACCACCUACAGUGAAGUUCCUUGGGAAAGUGUGGCAUCCAAAUGUAUAUGAGAACGGCGAUCUGUGUAUCAGCAUCUUGCACCCUCCUACGGACGAUCCGCAGAGCGGGGAGCUGCCCUGCGAACGCUGGAACCCCACGCAAAACGUCAGGACGAUUCUGUUGUCUGUGAUAUCGCUGCUGAACGAACCCAACACGUCCAGUCCGGCCAAUGUGGACGCCUCGGUCAUGUACCGACGCUGGAAGGAGUCCAAGGGCAAGGACAAGGAGUACGAGAACAUCAUCAGAAAGCAGGUGUCUUCCUCCCGGGUCGACGCUGAGCGCGACAACGUCGUGGUGCCCCUCACACUGGAGGACUACUGCAUCAAGACGCACGCGCGGCCCGACUCGGAGCCGGUCGACAUCACAGACUUCUACGAUGACGACUACCUGGACGACGACGACGACGCGUCGUCGGACGGCGGUAUGGCCAGCCGGCGGGGCUCUCACAGCGGCCAGCGGCCGCCGGCCGAGCCGCGGCCCGCCCGGCCGGCCGCCGACGGCGCCGGGCCGUCCGCCGAGCCGCCAGAGACGCCCGAGCGGGCCGCCUCGGCGCCAGAGACCGUCCUGCGUCCGCCCCAGUCCUGGCCGCCCUCCUGAGUCGCCGCUCCGAUCCUUCCCACUCCGUCCGAGACGACCUGGACAACGGGGACGACAGUGGCAACGGCGGCUCGUGAUGACCGCCGGCGCCGCGCGCGCUCCUCCCUCGUCUUUCUGGCGGCCGCGGCGCGGCGCUGCGGGCGGCCGGCCCGCCAGGAGAGGCGCCUGUCGCCGCGCGGCCGGGCCGGGCGGCCAGCGGCGCCGGCCGAACAGCAAUAACCGAGGAGCUGCGGCAGGCGGCUCGGCAGGCGGCGACUCCGCGUCCGAUGGCUGGUGCGUGCUGCAGGGGCGAGCUUCCAGAUCAGUGGCGCGUAUUUUACAGACAGACUGUCUCUUCUGUGCCGAGAGGCCCAGCUGGUAUUGCCAUAUAGAUUUUGUAAGAUCUGAGUUUGACGUAAAUCGGGUAUGUCAGCAACCGAUCGCGGAUUGAUACGAAUAGACGAUAAGAUGAGUUGAUAUGUGUUGAUCAAAUCGUGUUUUGUCGGCUCUCUUAGCUGAUGGCAGCUUUGAGUUGUCAGCAGUGACGACACCGUUUUAUUUUGAAGAUGCUCGCGAAACUAGGUUACACACGUUGGCAUUAGGUAGGUGCUUGCGUUGCUCUGACAGAGACUGUAGUGUCUCUACCACCUUAGUUUCUUUCAGUUUGUAAGGUCAGCUGCGGGUGCAUGCGAACAAAUUUGCCAGGUUUGUCCAUUGUUUGUUGGGGAGUAACCAACAUGCCGUGUGUAUUGUCAUUCAUCAUAUUGUAAUACACGAUGAAAAGCUCA